AUGGUCCUCCAGCGCCUACUGGAGAACAAACUGUUUGUGAAGGCAGAAAAAUGUGAGUUCCACGUAAACUCGGGUCAGGUGAGGGCUGAUCCGGAGAAGGUCAAGGCGGUAACGGAGUGGCCGACCCCCUCCUCUCGGAAACAGCUCCAGCAGUUCUUGGGGUUUGCGAACUUCUACUGCCGGUUCAUCAGGAACUACGGCAAGCUUGCAGACCCCCUCACGAGACUCACCUCCUCCGAGACCAUGUCCUUGUGGACGCGCUCCUCACAGACCCACACCGGCCUGCCCACUGCACCUCCUCACAGCACCUCCUCACAGCAGCUCCUCACGCACACAGACCCACACCGGCCUGCCCACUGCACCUCCUCACAGCACCUCCUCACAGCAGCUCCUCACGCACACAGACCCACACCGGCCUGCCCACUGCACCUCCUCACAGCAGCUCCUCACUGCAGCUCCUCACGCACACAGACCCACACCGGCCUGCCCAUUGCACCUCCUCACAGCACCUCCUCACAGCAGCUCCUCACAGCAGCUCCUCACGCACACAGACCCACACCGGCCUGCCCACUGCACCUCCUCACAGCACCUCCUCACAGCAGCUCCUCACGCACACAGACCCACACCGGCCUGCCCACUGCACCUCCUCACAGCAGCUCCUCACGCACACAGACCCACACCGGCCUGCCCACUGCACCUCCUCACAGCACCUCCUCACUGCAGCUCCUCACAGCAGCUCCUCACGCCCACAGACCCACACCGGCCUGCCCACUGCACCUCCUCACAGCAGCUCCUCACGCACACAGACCCACACCGGCCUGCCCAUUGCACCUCCUCACAGCACCUCCUCACUGCAGCUCCUCACGCACACAGACCCACACCGGCCUGCCCACUGCACCUCCUCACAGCAGCUCCUCACACACACAGACCCACACCGGCCUGCCCACUGCACCUCCUCACAGCAGCUCCUCACGCACACAGACCCACACCGGCCUGCCCACUGCACCUCCUCACAGCACCUCCUCACUGCAGCUCCUCACGCACACAGACCCACACCGGCCUGCCCACUGCACCUCCUCACAGCACCUCCUCACAGCAGCUCCUCACAGCAGCUCCUCACGCACACAGACCCACACCGGCCUGCCCACUGCACCUCCUCACAGCACCUCCUCACUGCAGCUCCUCACGCACACAGACCCACACCGGCCUGCCCACUGCACCUCCUCACAGCAGCUCCUCACGCACACAGACCCACACCGGCCUGCCCACUGCACCUCCUCACAGCACCUCCUCACUGCAGCUCCUCACAGCAGCUCCUCACGCACACAGACCCACACCGGCCUGCCCACUGCACCUCCUCACAGCACCUCCUCACUGCAGCUCCUCACAGCAGCUCCUCACGCCCACAGACCCACACCGGCCUGCCCACUGCACCUCCUCACAGCACCUCCUCACAGCACCUCCUCACGCACACAGACCCACACCGGCCUGCCCACUGCACCUCCUUACAGCAGCACCUCCUCACAGCAGCUCCUCACAGCACCUCCUCACAGCAGACUAAAGCACACACUGAUCAGACCUCAGGGCCGACGCACACGCAGGAAAUAA